AAAUCUGAUAUCGAGCGUCAGCAAUAACGGUCCAAGAGAACGGCGAGCUAGGUUGUAACGGUUCUAAGAAGCAGCGAUGAUGUAUGAUGUCAUUCGCACAUUGAUGUUCGACAAGCGUCGUUGAUGAUUCGUGAUUUCAAGUGCGUCUCCUAAUGCUGGUUUCUCUGUGAUUACUCGGGAUAUUACGGAAAAAUGACGGUUGCCAAUACAGUCGCCAAUCCCGACUUUCUAGCAAGGGAAACCUUGCAGGUUGUAUCCGAAGAUCAGGAUUCAAUCGGCGCCCUACUCACAAGGAUCGAUCUCGUUCCCCGUCAUGAUCUAGAGACCGCCAUCCACGAGUUCACGGAGAACUCCUUUGAAAACUCCCCCUUCUUCCCUAGACGAGGAGAUUAUGUUCUGGCGCUUUCGCAACUAUCUGAACCGAAAUGGUGUCGGGGGCUGGUGUUGGACGUCAACAACUCUUUCGUUCAAGUGGACCACUUGGAUUACGGAUACACAGAGCACGUUCCCCUUGCCGACGUACGAGAGCUACCCUCGAGAUUGGCGACUCUACCCGCGUUCUCGGUCCGGCUCAAAGUGGACAAAUCCCAGUUUGCCGUCGCCGGCAAGUACGACGUCUACAUCGGAAACUACGUCGAUGAGCUCGCGAGGAUGGUAGAGGCUUUCCUCGCCGUUGAUGACGUCUCGACCAGCACUGAGUACUGCGAACAGCAGGUCGUCGAGCUUCCGAUCCCCGAAGACCUCGAAGAUAUCGAGAUUGGAGUCGUACGGGGAGCUACAGUAAACCAGUCCGACAAUAUCACGAUUUACGGCGUGCAGCAUCGUCUCGGUUUUGAGUCGAUGGCCGACCAGCUUGCCCAAAUAAGUUUGGACAUGAAGCCUGUCGUGCAUCAGGGGGACUUCGUUGUGGUCCCCUUCGAGAACGUCUUCUGUCGAGCCCUUGUCACCAAGCUCGCAGCCGACUCCGCUGAAGUUUAUCAUGUGGACUACGGCUCAUGGGAUUCGGUGAGUUUGUCGAGUCUGUACAGGCUCCCCCUCGGACCAGCAUCCGAGACGCCGCAGCUCUCGUUCCAGUGCUUCACUGGCGAAGGGGUGACGCUCGAAUACAAUAAAGAAUAUCGGUUCGAGCUGCACUCGGUCACCCGGGACAGCGGUUAUCCCAUUUACGCUUGUGAAACAGUGGCUUCGGGAACGACAUCGCGCGCCGUUUCCAAAGUCAGCGACCUUGUGGCCCCGGUCGUUGGGUCAGAAGAAACAGUCCACCUGGUGGAUAAGCCAUUCCUGAAUGGUACAACGUACGGAGCACUCGUUCUGGAGAGGAAUAAAUCGCUCAAAGAAAUCGAACGCAAACUGGAAGAGGCUUUCGACGACCACAAUGCGGAUUUUUUGAACGAGCCCGAGGUCGGGGAUCUGGUGAUAUCGUACAUCGACGAGAGGUUCUACCGUAGUGUUGUCUGCGAAACCUCCGAAACUGAGAUCCGCGUGUACCAAAUCGACGUCGGUAGCCUCAGGAAUUGCAGUAGCAGCGUCGUGAUGAAACUGCCCAAGAGACUCCUCCUCUACCCACCUGUCGCCCUGCUUUGCAUCAUGGACGAGACCCAGUACGCGAUCGACUUGAUGACGAGCUUCCGAGCGCAGAAUAUCGCCGCUCAAGGGCACGCCAACCGAUACUGUUUACUCUAA